AUGACUCAGCGCGGCCAGGCGCAGCCCCCGGCGCGGCCGGCGCAGUCCCCCUUUGCGCAGCCCGCGCGCCACCUCGGCGCGGAGCCCGCCGACGCCGCCGCGCCGGCCGCGCCGGCAUGGCCGCAGACGCAGAUGGGCGCGCCGUCCUUUGGUGCACAGAUCGCGGCCGCGGCGUCGCCGCUGGCCGCGGCGGCGGCGGCGCAGCGGGGGCUGGCCGCCCUGCUGAGCGAUGCGGCCGUCGCGCCCCCCGCUGCUCCCGAUUCCGGCGACCUUCUGCCGUCUGGCUACGAGGACGGCGGCGCCUGGGCCCUGGCGGGCCUUUUGGAUGACCAGGCGCCGCAGGCGGCCGCGGGCCUGCAGCCCGUCACGUUCCCCCUCGGGUUCGGCUGGAACGGCAGCAUCUGGGGCCGCCCCUAG